AUGAAGCUCACUUACCUGCUGCUGGCUCUGGCCGCCGCCCUCGUGAUAGCGGAAGCCGGCCCUCUGAACACAGAAAAUGAGGAAGCGGAGAACGAGUUUCACGAAGGCAACGGCGAGGACGGGGAAAUGGAAGAAAACGGGAACGGAGAACGGGAAGAAGCCAACGGGGAGGGAGAGACGAACGGAGGAGGAGAUGGAGAACAGAAUGGAGGAGAAAUGAAUGAAGGGACCGAAGGUAAUGAGGCUGGAGAAGAAGGGGAAGGCAAUGGAGAAAUGAAUGAAGCUAAUGAAGCCGAAGCCGGAGAGGCGAAUGAAGCCGAGGCCGGAGAAAUGGGUGAGGCUAAUGAGGCUGGAGAGAUCAGCGAAAACAACAAUGCAGAAGGAUCGACCGGCAGUGAGGCGGGUGGCGUUGAAGGACGCACUCGGGGCAACAGUGGACAGCAGGGUACCUCUCGCUUCCUCGGAGGGUCUCUCGAAUCUCUCCUCAACCUUGGACAGUCUGUCGUGGGAGGAUUUCUCGGGGGUCUCGGCAACCCCAACUUUGGAGCUGGUCCUGCGAGCCCAGGCUUCGGAGGCAGCCCCGUCGGCCCAGGUGUCGGAGGCAGUCCCGUCGGUCCAGGAUUCGGAGGCAGUCCCGUCGGUCCAGGUAUCGGAGGAGUCCCCGUCGGUCCAGGCUUCGGAGGCAGCCCCGUCAGCCCUGGCUUCGGCGGCAGCCCCGUUCAGCCAGGCUUCGGAGGAAGUCCCGUCGGGCCAGGAUUCGGAGGCAGCCUCAUUAACCCAGGCCUUGUAGGAGGAUCCGUCAACCCCGGUUUCGGAGGCCUCGUCGGCAACCCAGGUCUUGGCGGUGCCUGUCGCUACAGCUGUCGCGCUCCCAACGGCAGGUACGUCUGUUGCAAGCCAGGCAGUUGCCCGCCCGUGCGCCCCACCUGCCCAGAGGUGAGGAAGUUUGCUCCGCCCACGCCUUGUUCAAAUGACUUCCAGUGUUUCGGCUCCGACAAGUGCUGCUACGACACGUGCUUGCAGGAGACCGUCUGCAAGCCACCUCUAGGCAUCGGGGGCUUCGGUCGCUGAACGGCGG